GGGUCACGAAUGUUUUGAAACCGUGUGUUUUGUUUAUAGCUAAGUGAGGUUUCGUACAGUGAUUCAGCAAGAAGAUACAGCGGGCGUAAUGACUGUAGGUCGGAGUCCGAAAGUACCUGAUGGGGGGAGAGGACGAAGUGCAAGGCAACUGGCCCUAGUCCACGACAGAUUUCUAAUCCUAGCGCAGAACAGAUGUGAGGAGAAAGCCGCGGGAACGUUAAACAACGCCUUCUUUCGAAAGAGAGGAGCACUGGGACAAUGGGAAUCUGGAGCAGCAAGGGCAGCAGUGGAGACAGCGUGGCCAUCGUGGGGGAGGCUGUGGGGCCGCUGUCAGCCGGAGCGACGUUGCCGCUCACUGCUGGCGUGCGCGCACUGUACGUCGUGCCGGAGGGAAGCGGCCAGACGACGUUCGCGCAGGACGAGCUGCUGCCGCCGCUGCCCCUGCCGUCUCUGGAGCACACCGUGGAGAGGUUCGUGGACUCGUGCCGGCCCUUCUGCAGUGAGGCAGAGCUGGAGGACGUGAAGCGGGUGGCCGAGCAGUUCGCUUCUGGGGAGGGCGCCGAGCUGGACCGGCUGCUCCGGGAGAGGGCUGCGAACUCCCGCAACUGGCUGGAACAGUGGUGGGAGGAGGGGGCGUACCUGUCGAACCGGCAGCCGCUGUUGCCCUUCUGCAGCAUGACGGGCUCGAUGCCGCUCGCAGACCUCGGCUGGAAGCUGGGCGAGGGCCGCCAGCUCAAGCACGCGUCGCUGUACGCGUACCACAUGACGCGGCUGUGGCAGCUGCUGCGGGAGGAGCAGCUGCUGCCGACGCGGUCCGCCGACGGCCGCACCACGUUCAGCAUGCGGCAGUUCCGCCGUCUCUUCAACUGCGCCCGCGUCCCGCAGCCGGGCACCGACCGCCUCGACUCCCACUUCCGCACGAGGCAGGAAGGUAGGUGCCCGUCACACGCGGUGGUGAUCUGCCGCUGCGGCCGGCUGUACCGCUGCGAGAGCGUGCAUCCCAACGGCGUGACGCCGCUCACCCCCCUCGAGUGGGAGUGGCAGCUGAGGGAGGUGGUGUCGCGCUGCGAGGACGAGGGGGCGACGCGGCCCGGCCUGGGGGUCCUCACGUGCAGCGACCGGGACCGCUGGGCACAGAACCGCACGAGACUAAGAGAGCUGAGCGCGCGCAAUGCGGCGUCGCUGUUGGAGAUCGAGUCGGCAAUGUUCGUGCUCGCACUGGAUGACGCGAGACCCGGCUCGUCGCAGGGAGCCGCUGGCACCGAAUCGCUCGGCGGGAACUUCAGCUGCCGCUGGGCCGACAAGAGCCUCGUGCUGGUCUUCUUCGCCGACGGCGUCGUCGGUGGGGUCUCGGAUCAUACCGCCUACGACGGGAUGAUCAGCAUAGCAGCCAUGUACUAUGUGUACACUGCUAUGAAGGACACAAAAGGCGUGUGGCCCCUGGAGAAUGACUUUGUGUCCUUCCGGAGGAACCUGAGGGCACCGCGGGAGCUGACAUUUGACCUGGACGAAGCACUCCGCACGGAGAUCAUCCGAGUACACGAGGAGCUGGAGCCAAAUCACUGGGCAGUGUGCGUGACGUAUGAGCAAUACUGUGGCUUUGGGAAGGAGUUCAUGCAGGCACAUCGCCUCCACCCAGACUCGUGCGUGCAGAUGGUGCUGCAGCUGGCCUACUACCGGCUACACAACAGAGCUGCACCUGUGUACGAGACAGCUACGACGCGUGCCUACUACAAUGGCCGUACGGAAACGGUGCGCUCGUGCACGACGGAGCAACUGGAAUGGGUUCGAUCGAUGCUCAACGGGACCUCCAAUAAUGUGGAGCGUGAGCACCUGCUGAGGGAAGCAGUGGUGAGGCACGACCAGCUGAUGGCAGAGGCGCGCGACAAUGCCGGCUGCGACCGCCACCUGUUCGGGCUGUACUGCGUGGCUGCGGAGUCCGGUCGGCCGGUGCCUGCUCUCUACUCGCACCCCGCGUACUCGCGCAGCGGCGGCAACGGGAACUUCGUGCUGUCGACGAGCCUGGUGGGCUACACGCCGGUCAGUGGGGGCGUCGCGCCCAUGUGCCUCGACGGCUACGGCUGCUUCUACAGCAUCACGGCAAGCAGCAUUCAGUUCACAGUUCUGGUGUUCCGGGCAAGCAGAGAGACGUCGGGCAGUAAGUUCUGCACGGCCUUGGCACGCUCCCUGGACGACGUGGCACGGGUCCUCGGCCCAGCGCCGCCUCUUGCCACGAGGGAUAGUACCACCACCGUCCCGUCCGCCAAGCUGUGACACUGUGGGGAACUGUGACGGAUCAAACUGUACAAGAAAGGUCGUGUCGGAGCUCACAGUUUGGCAAUGGCUGCGGUUUGACGGCCUCCCAGCCCUGCGUGCAUCUUUGCCGAGUUGCUGCUCGAUGUGAUGUGGAGUGGACCAAAGUAGACAAUUACGAAGGAAGAUUAGGAAAUGGACAGCUCAUCUUAUAACAGCACCAUUAUGUGUUAAGUACAAUGGAGGUGGUGAUAUAGGAAAGGAUGGGUGUUUUACUGGGAACUUGGCUGUGUGUAUAAUAUUAAAUUGUACAUAAUUUUGUACUGAAGUUUACAAUAAAAAGGGGAUUUUAUUUGUUAA